UUCAGGAGUCUUCACGAUCACUCACCGAAGGCUUAACUAUCAUCAUUUUCCCACUCUCAAAUUAGACACGCUGCUCCCGCUCAAAUCGCUCUUCACGGGCCCAGCCCAUCACAAAAAAAAGCAACAGGCAGCCGCCGCUUAUACAAGUUGAGCGCGCGGCCUUACCAGUGCCUAGAGUACAUCCGCCCAAGUGCCUCACAGCCAUGCCAUCAAGUCUCAGAUCCAUACUUGGAAAAUCAAAUCGCAUCUCCAAGCCAUCGUCCACCUCCAAAUCGCCCUCUCAAAGCCCACAAAAACGGUCAUCACCUCAAAAACGCCCCAACGCCAGGCCAAAGUCACGAAAGGAGGAAGAUGACGAGCUCAUAUCACCACUCGAAGACUGCGGUGUGGCCAAGCUACUAUCGGAGCACGACUUGGUCCUGCGAGAUGUCGUACAGGCAAUGCGCUACAUCAAGAACCACAUGUUCUCCCCUGUUCCUGAUCGUGGGUUCCACUCCACGAGGACAGCAGAGCUGCUGAAUUUUAGGCGCUGCAUCCCCGGCAUAGUCACCAUGGGACACUUGCACGCGAUUCUGGAUUCCCCCACCAGUACGGAGAGGGAGGUCGUGGAGCUGAUCAGCAAGGGCGUCCUGCGGAAGAUACGGAUCGAGAGACGAGGCGGGAUGGGCGAAGCGCUUGUUGAGACGGCAGACUAUCACAUGAUGAUCGAAGACUCAUCGCUGGACGAGGAAGUCAAAACCACGUACAGGAAAUACCUCAAGGAGAAUCCAUCUGUCCAGGUCAUCCCCGCCGGGAGCCUUUCGCCCUCCCACGCCGAUGCUCUCAUCCGCUUGGGAUUUCUGACCGGGUCCGGGCCGAGUGGUAACCCUUUCACGACCCUCUCUGUCCGCCCCGAAGAUCGGACAACAGUCACCUCUAUCGAGCGGAUAUCCAGACAUGCGUCUGGAAGCGUCUCCGCGGUGGGGGGCCACAUGGCAGUGCACCUCGCUGGUGGAACACCGGGGCUCUCCAGGUCCAACUCGUCCUCUUUCGGGGACUUGAGGAUUGCGAUUCCCGGCAACGGGGCGUACCUGAAGCUGGCGGCUGGCGGCGUGGAUUGGAUCAAAGAUGCGCUGGCACGGACAAAGUGGGGAGAGGCCCCUGAGAGCAGCUUGAAAGACCGGUUCCAAGGGGGCGGUCUCUAUGGACCGAGAUGGAAGGACCUGUGGGGAUUGGAGUGGGAGUGGGCGCUGGGCGAGGCCAUUGGGUUGGGUGUUGUCGAGAUAUUUGACACCGGCAGUGUUGGCAGAGGUGUCAGAGCCAUUGGAGGUUGAGUGCUGUUGUUAUUGAAGCAGAGGCGUCUCUGUGGCAAUACAGUGUCUGUCUGAGACCAACAUGAGCCUGUGUAUUACCU